CGAUCGGUCACUGACUCACACACGUGUCGCGGGUGCCACCACCACUUCUCCCUCGCCUUUUCUGGGGUUUCCGUUACUUGCCAUCGUCGCCGCCAUUUCUCCUUCAAUCAACAGCGUCCUUCCCAUUCAAUUUUGAAUUCCCGACGCCGGCUUUCGCUUGUGCUCUCAGCGAUGUGAGUCGCACUCAGCCGCGCAGAAUCUCCCCCCGCCGAAGCUCGAGGCCGGGAAUCCUAAUUCCACAUGUUCCCGCUGAGAAAUCCCGGCGCUCUGACUGCCGCAUCGUUCCCACAUCCAUGGCGGGCUACUUCCUCCUUCGUCCCUCACUCUCGAGAAUUCAACACAACCGCUGCGCCGCUCCCACUCCUCCUCCGUUGUUCUUCGAAAGUGGAGGAGUUAUCAAUGGAAGAUGGGACUAGACGAGUCGUCAAUAGCACGUUGGCGUUGACUACGGGAGACAGUUUCAGAAGUUUGCUUCCGAGGAUUCGAGAAGAAGAAGGAGAGGAGGAGGAGGAGCAGCCGCAGAAGCAGAAGCAGGAGGAUGAGGACGAGGGAGACGAAGAAGAUGAGAAAGGGAUUUCGAGAAUACGAGUGCCGAGGCAGAAGUACAUUCCGGUUCCGAAGGCCGAGCUAUUGGAUGCCAUUCUUCUCAAGUUCUUCGACUCCAAGGAGGACGCAGAUCAGUUUCUCAACCUCUCUUCGUGCCUGGAUUCCAUCCUCCAUGCUGAACACAAGAACAUUUUGGAAGAGAUGCGAGUCGACUAUUCCGUUCUUGAUUCCGUUGGGAGCAACGAGGAAACGGCUGAGGAAGGGUCUUCUGGCGGAGCUGAAGAACUCAAAACUGUUAAUGGGGAAGGUGUUAAUUUUGUUGUUGAUGACGGAAUCAAUGGAAGUGAGAGUUAUGAGAAGUUGUGGGAAGAGGCUAAAGCAAAGUAUUUCAAGUCUGGUCUGGAUUUCAGGAAUCUUUUGGGCUACUCGGAAGGAAAUGGAAGGAGAUAUAAGCCAGGGAGUUCUAGACUUGCAGUUGCAACGCGUUUCCAGCGCGCUUUCAUGCAGCUUCUCGACAAUGCACAGUUUCAGGAACUAUCAGCCAGUGAUUUGAUUUUGACAUCAGCUUUGAACUCUGAUUACCUCCUCACUUUACCAAUAUAUGUGGACUGGAAGAAAGCAUCUGAAUCCAAUGCCAUAAUUUUCAGGAGGGGUUAUGCUACUGAGAGAGAGAAAGGUUUGCUGAUUGGCGAAAAGUUGGAUUAUAUACAGUCCAGACUUCUUCAAAAGAUCUUCUUCACUGCCUCAAAGCCCUUGGGAAAAGUUGGCAAAUGGAUAAAACAGGCAGUCACAGAUGCUUCUGAAACUCAAGAGGUGCAUCAUUGGCUUAAGAGAAUGACACUCUGGGUAGAGGAACUAUCUUCUUUAAGGAGUUCAAUCAUCGCCAGAUAUCAAGCAUCUGAUGAUCCACAAGGACCAAAUGAACUUUCAGAUAAUGAUCUUCCAAUUUGGCUGGCUGCGCAGAGGGCAGUAAGUCGUUAUGAAGGGUUUCUAUCUCCUAGUGGGCCCAGGGAAAGGCUUUUCCGGAGACUUCUUACCUGGACAGGGCUUGUACCUCCAGUACCGGAAAUGUCAUUUGAACAUGGCAGUGAAAGCAAUGCUUCUGAAUCGCAUCUAAGGCCAAUCUUCUUGUCAAGGAUAUCACUUAGUGAUAUAUGGAAGCCUGCUAGUAGAAAAUUCUGCGGAAACAAUCUGUGGAAAAUGUCAAAGAAAGCUUUCUCCAUUCUUCUCUCACAGUCAGUCCUCCAGGAGCCUGCGUUUGAAGAAUUGAUAUUGCUGUAUACUGAGGAUGAAAGUGGGAGAGAUGCUACUUACAAGGAUGAGGUUGCAUCACUGCGAUUGAAGAUAUAUGAGAGAAUUCCGAUUCCUGACCUACUCGUAAAUACUUCUGGCGCGCCGAUGUAUUGUUUCCCUUUGAUAUGACAUAUGUUUGGCUUAUCUUGUGAGUAAGCCAUGAUUCAAGCAGAUUUGCACAUUUACAUCGUGUAUAAAGUAAUUGCAGGUUGUUUUCCCUCACAAGAAGCUCUCCUUCCGUAUACUAGACACGGUUCGUUUGGAUGCCGCGGCAAUAUUGGGACUUUCAGCAUACUUCAUAAACUACAAGUUUGUGAACCUAUCAUCUUCCCCGUCAGCGUUUGUUCUUGAUGUUAUAGCCAUAACUGCUCUGAUAGUAUCCGUGUCCCGUGUGGUAUUAGGUUACAAACAAACCUGGGACCGGUAUCAAUUACUUGUCAACAGGACACUUUAUGAGAAAACACUGGCCAGCGGAUUUGGCUCGGUUCAUUUUCUUCUGGACGCUUCUGAACAGCAACAGUACAAGGAAGCUAUUUUAAGCUAUGCGAUCCUACUCAAAGCAAAGAGUGGCCAGGCCACUUGCAUUAGGAGUGUUGGAGAGGAAUGCGAGCGUUUCGUAUACAAUGCUUUCGCAGUAAAAGGUGGAGAUGCCUGUGGAGAAAGCAGUGAAGACGUUGCUAAGGCUAGGACUGAUCACGGAAUCACCUGGCUCCCAACCUGAUGGAACGAGCAACAAGGUUGAGGCUGUCCCCUGCAGGGAGGCAUAUGAGGCACUUAAACAACGUUGGAAUGAGUUGCUUGCUUCACACGACAUAGCUUAAUCCCAAACUUCCCCAAGUCAAACAUCGGAUGUGUAGCCUAGUUUGGUCGAUGAAGAAUAUGAGUUACUUGUAAAGCUAGCUGUUGAUAUGCACUCCUUUGAAUAUAUAACAAGAGCGUUUGGCUUGCGAUAAGGUUAGUACUGCUAAUUAUUUGAAUUUAAGUUAGACUAGGGUUUUGAAUGCAUAUUGUAGACGGUUGGAUUUUGGAUGUAGAAUGUAGUUUUAUAAUCGAUUAGGGUUCCAAAUUUAGAUUCUAAGUUAAAUUAGAAUUUCGCGAUGUUGAUCACCUUUGAAUUUACCAGAUGUUGAUCACCUUUGACCUGCUAGAUAGAUUACAAGACGAAGAUUUCCUUUGAUCCACCAGACAAAA